AUGAAGCUAUUGGUUGCUUUGUUCUUGUUUGCAUCGCCUCUCCUUACCUCCCCCACAGUGGUUUCUGACGAGGAAAGUUAUCUUCAGAAGAGAGCACCUUCUUUCGAAUGGACUUCAUGGGGGGACUCAUAUGCGUCUGGUGUUGGUAGUGGAAACUAUAUUAAUGGACGUCGAUGUCUGCGAUAUGAUGCCGCUUAUCCUAUGUGGAUCCAAGAUGAUCCGAGCGACUUGCUACCUGGGACAGGGGGGAAAUUAAACAAUGUUGUCUGCUCAGGAGCUAAGGCUCAAGAGAUCGAAGAAUACCAGUUCUACACUGAAGAUCAAGCUAGUGGUCAACCCAACUGGACCUAUUACCCAAGGCCAGGCAGUGGUAAACCCACGAUGGGCACGCUCACCGUUGGAGGAGACGACAUCGAUUUUCCGAGGAUAUUGAACAAUUGUAUCAUUGAGGGAUUUCCAUGGCCUUUAAGCUUGGGUUUCGUCUCGCGCACUUGUGAUGAACAGAGAGCUUUAUCGUGGUCUCUGAUUUGUCAAAACGGGAACCACGACACUCCAAAUGAUGUUUUAGUGUCUAAGAUUGAUUCGCUGAUCAAAAAGAUCGUCCAGUAUGGUCGAAGUGUGAGCGGAAACAACUUCCGGCUUUAUGUCACUGGCUAUGGUCAAUUCUUUAACGAUGCAGACCCGGGUUGCAAUACUGUAACCUUUGCAAGAACUGCGAAUCCUGUACCAGAUGGGAAGCCUCAUAUCCUCAUGUCCACAGUCCUACGCCAAGACUUCAAUUUGAUGAGCAUCACAUUGAAUGCUGCUAUUCAGAGUGCCGUAAGCCAGAACAGCGAGAGCAAUGUCAAGUAUAUUGACAUCGAUGCCUCGUUGGGAACAGGUCACCGCUUCUGUGAGCCGGGCGUCAAUGAGCCAGAUCAGGACAACCCGAGCCUCUGGUUCUGGCAUUAUCCCUACGGCCAGAAAGAUGAGUCAACGAACCCUACCAUCCACCUCACUUGGAGUCAAAAUAGCACACUCUGGACAGACUAUCUUAACGAUUUUUGGUCCAAAGUCGAUGAGGAUCAGUUGCUCAAGACCGUGAAUUCAACAAUGGACAAUGUGACCGUCGAUGAUACAGGCGUCAACUCAGUACCACCUUCGACAACUGCAACAAUUCUCGCCCCAACGUCUUCAGUUUCACCGACACCCGCCCCAGCCUAUGCUACGGGCACCUGUUGCUUCCACCUCGACGAGUGGGAAGACUGUGACCCGGAUACAGACGAUCUAUACGCAAACAUCACGUUAGUCGACAACAAUAAGAGAGUUAUCUACCAGACCCCACCGCAAUAUUUCACUAACAAUGGGCUGGGCGACCCGAUCAAUAACGGCAACGGUACCACUAUACAAGGCCCACUUCCUAGCUCAAUUGCAAUCACUGGAGAGCACCAGAACGACUACAUUCAACUCGUUUAUGGAGUUCUCAGCUGGACAAGUAGAACUACCAGCGGAACAGCGUCAUGUAAAGUCGGUGGCUGGAACCCCCGCGACGGACCAUUCUGCGGUAAUGAUCUCGGGCUUGUGGCCCAGCCAGCAGAGAAUCAGAUGGACUGCUGCUUCCCAUGUUAGACGGAUCUCUAGGCUCUAGUGCUUUGAAUUUGCUUUCAUUUCACGUGAAUAGACGUCGGAGGGAG